AUGAAUAUGCCUAGUGUUAAAAGUUUAACUAAAGUUAAAUGCGAACCUGGGAAGCGUGGUGUGAGACGGAUAGCAAUGCUAAAUAAAUUGUUUAUGAAGAAUAUUACUGAUAUUUUAUCUACAGGCACAGUUAAAAUACUGCCAAAUCUCCAAUCAAUAAAUGUGUUCUGGGUGUGUAAGGGUGAUGCGUCAGAUGUACAAACAGAAGCCCUGCUUCAUUCCAUCGCAGGUCCUCUCCGACAUGAGUUGUCAACACUGAGGUUGAUGGGGGAGGUGCCGUACAUUGUUUUUGUUAAAGACAGACAAGAAUCCCAAACUGUAGACCUUGAUAGAAGACUCGCUAUAGCUGAUUAUGGAGAAGAUUACACUCCAACGGAAAUAGGCCAUCUAUUGAGAACAGACUUCACUCUAAACACGAAAUUAUCACCUGAAGUUAAGGCUAAAAUAAAGCAGCUAGAGGAGAAAAUAUAUGAUUCCGAAGACCCAAUACCAGAAAUGACACAUAAUGUAUAUGGAUUGGAUCAUGCCAAGAUACUGAAUCGACUUCUAGGAGCGAGGAGGAAAACCAGGGAUGCUUGGGACAGUAUUAAAGCCGAGGCUCCAUGUAUAACAUACAGAGUUGAACCAAAGACAUCUAAUAUUGAUACCGGCAAACAAAAGAAAGAUUUAUCAGAAUUUCUUCUUCAAAGACAGAUACAACAAAAUAAGCUUUACAAGAAAUUGAGGAGUGAACGAAAGAAUGUAGAAAUAGAGCAGAUUGAAGAAGAACCGGAUUAUAUUGAAGAAGAUUACUAUGAAGACGAAGAAGAUUACGAGUUUGAAGAAGACGAUAGAAAGAAAUAA